UGGCGGCGCUCGAUGGUGCUGCUGAAGUUUCCAAGAUGUCGUCGCUGGAGCAGAGACUCUCCCGAAUCGAGGAGAAACUCAAGCAGGAAAAUAAAGAAGCUCGCAAACGAAUCGACCUGAACAUCGACGUGAGCCCGCACCGGUCGCGUCCCAGGCCAAUCAUCGUGAUCCAGCUAAGUCCAGCUCCAGCCCCCUCCCAACGCGCAGCUCUGCAGUUACCGCUGGCCAAUGAUGGAAGUCGCUCAUCCUCCUCAGAAAGUUCUCCUCAACACCCCUCGUACCCCAGCAGACCCCGACAAAUGCUCACGCUUCCCACCCCACCAUACUGCCUACAGAAGAGCCUUGAAAAUGCUGAAAUCGAUCAGAAGCUGCAGGAAAUAAUGAAACAAACUGGUUACCUGAAGAUUGACGGACAGCGUUACCCAGCAGAGGUGACGGAUCUGAUCAGUGAGGGUGAGAUCGGCAGUGGAACCUGUGGGCAGGUUUUCAAAGUUCGCUUUAAAAAGACUGCCCAUGUCAUCGCUGUCAAGCAAAUGAGAAGGACGGGUAAUAAAGACGAGAAUAAGAGAAUCCUCAUGGAUCUGGAUGUUGUAUUAAAGAGUCAUGACUGUCCAUACAUCAUCCAGUGUUAUGGAGCUAUAGUCACCAAUACGGAUGUGUUCAUAGCCAUGGAGUUAAUGGGGACAUGCGCAGAAAAGCUAAAGAAGAGGAUCCAAGGGCCCAUACCAGAGGCUAUUCUGGGAAAGAUGACUGUGGCUAUCGUGAACGCUCUGCUGUACCUAAAAGAGAAACACGGUGUGAUUCAUCGAGACGUGAAGCCUUCAAAUAUCUUGUUGGAUGACAAAGGCCAAAUCAAACUGUGUGAUUUUGGCAUUAGCGGGCGAUUGGUGGAUUCUAAAGCCAAGACUCGCAGUGCCGGGUGUGCUGCGUACAUGGCGCCUGAGAGAAUAGACCCUCCAGACCCCAGUAAGCCAGACUAUGACAUCAGAGCUGACGUCUGGAGUCUCGGCAUUUCUCUGGUGGAGCUAGCCACUGGACAGUUUCCUUAUAAGAACUGCAAGACAGACUUUGAGGUUCUGACCAAAGUUCUUCAAGAGGACCCACCGGUCCUUCCUCUUGGCAUGGGCUUUUCUCCAGACUUUCAGUCCUUCGUUAAAGACUGUCUCACAAAGGAUCACAGAAAAAGGCCAAAAUACCACAAGCUGCUUGAACACAGUUUUAUCAGACGCUAUGAGGUAUCGGAAGUAGACGUGGCGGGCUGGUUCCAGACGGUGAUGGAGCGCACGGAGUCUCCACGCAGCAGCCAGUGCUUCAGUCAUCACCAGCUUCACUCUCUCUUCAGCAGGUAGCCAGACGGAGAGCGAGAGAGAGAAUGAUGCAAUACUGCGAGGUUGAUUUAGAGACAUGGACGGACAGGUUAUAAAUGUAAAUUUCGGAAUGGAAGGAGCAUUGAAAAUGGACAGAUUGUAAAAGACGAAAUCACUGAAACGAAAGAAUGUUCGUUUGGGAGUUUGACCGAUCGACAGACAAUCCUGAGCAGGUUCCAUGUAAAUUUGAAAUCCGUUCGUGUUUCGUCGUCCUCCUCAUCCACCCAUCGAACAGGAUGGAACGUUACAGGUCGCAGUUACACACACACUCACUGUGACACGCACACACAUAUGCACGUUUACAGUUAAGCACUGGUUCACUAAACCUACAAGCAUUUACCGCUGUACUACGUUUAGUAUUCCUCACUGCACACGAUAUGAUUUCUUUACGUCUGCACAGAGGAUCCGCUUAAUCCGUUCCCUUCACUUUAAUAUCAGCACGUUAUAAAGUCCUCCGUAGCCCCUUACUCAGGGACUGAACAGAGUAGUCGAACAACACUGUGCAAUGGUGUGAGUGUGUGCGUGUUUGUGUGUGUGUGUGUUAUCCGUUUAUCUGUCCUGUCUCUCAGUAUGUGGCGCGUCUUCACAUUUCUAUAUAUAUAUAUCUAUCACUCAUGAUAUGUUUUAAAGAAUUGUUGUUUUCGUGCUAGAAAGCGGUUUCAGAUAUUUCACUAACAGUGUCAAGUAUUUAAAAAAUGAGUGAUUUUUAGAGGCAGAAUGUUUAUUUUUAAUUUUUAGAGUAGCUACUAAAAUAAGUUUGGUCUGGAAUUAUCUUUAGCAAGAUAGAUUUCCUAGAUAAGAUAGUAAUAUGAAAAUGAAUGCAUAUAAAGAUAAUACUAGUGGUCGACUGAUAUAUUUAUACAUGGAGCAGGUUUGCCACUGGCUGAUACUAUGUUGAUUGUAGAUAAUCAUUUAAAGGGGACAGAGAAUGAAAAAACAUUUUUACAUUGUAUUUAUUGAAUAAUGGUAGUCUACCCGCAUUCACGAACAUACAAAACGCGCUAGACUUGCUAAACAUCUCAGUCUCAUAGAAAUUCCUCUUUUAGAAAUGUCAGCCAGAAAACGGCCCAAUCUGAAAAACUGAUGCUUAUGACAUCACAGGCAUCUAACUGCAUAGAUAUGUAUAUAAAGGCUAGAUGGCUCAAGGCGGAGUCAGCUGUGUCGUCACUUGGCGGCCAUCUUAGGUCAGUGCUGCCAUAGUGCUGCUCCCUGCUGCUGUGGACGGAAGGUGAGUGACAUACGCCAACUAAAAUGCUCGUAACUUGCUGAAUUCUUGACGGAUUUACAAACGGUUUGGUUUUUUACAAACGUUAUUAACGUGGCUAUAAUUAUGGAGGCUUUAACAUGUUUCAUGAAUUUUUUAUUUAUUUUUAGUAUACGUAUUCAGUGUCAUAGGUACAUCUUUGACGUUUAUAACAAACCAAUCCGUUUGAAAAUCGGUAAAAAAUUAAGCAAGUUAUGGUCAUUUAAAAGUACCUGCAUCAUUAAAACUCCAUGCUACGAGUGAGCGAGCGCCCUGUCCUAAGAUGGCCGCCAAAAUGCGGACGUUCAACUCAAUUGGCCAUCAGCGCGGACGAGCCAUCUAGCCUUUAUAUACAUAUCUAUGUCUAACUGCCCCUCCACUUUAAAAUAAUUGGCUACAUUUUUUGAGUGGCAGCAAAGUCAGCCAAUCAGUAAUGAGAUUGCAAGUUAAGCCAGUAGGGGGAGCCAAAUAGGUGCAAAACCACUUGUUUAAAAUCCCCCACCCUAAUAGAGCUAUCUGAGAGAGAUUUUUAGGAAGCUUCUAAGAGGCAUUACAGACCCUAACAAAAAAUUUUUGUCUACAUGUCACAUCACAGAACAAGGAUAAAUACCCCGUUCAAUCAUUCUAUGUCACCUUUAAAUGUAUAAUGUGGGAUUUUAGCAGCAUCUAGUGGUUAGAUUGCGAAUUCCAACAGACCUUAAUUUCGAAACGCAAUGAAAAGUUACGGUAGCCGCCAACGGUAGACGACAAACGUGUCGUCAUCUGAGACAACGUAGGGAUGAAACACGCUCUGUAAGACAGUUUGUCCGUUUAGGGCUACUGUAGAAACAUGACCGCGACUUUCAUGUAAGGGGACCCGCAGUGUUUGUAGAUAUAAACGGCUCAUUUUAAGGUAAUAAAAACAAACAGUUAAUUUUGUGAGAUUAACCACUGAUAAUAUCGUUUUUAAUAUAGUUUUAUAUUGCAUUUUUGUCAAGAGAUCCUUAUAAAAGUUACACAAUGCACCUUAAAGCUGCAAUAUGUAUUGUCGUUUUUUUGCCAUCUCUGUUUGAAAUAUAAAAUUGCAAUUUAUUUGCAGUUUUCUUCUUUAUAUGUGUUAGGGUCAAAUGAUGUCAAAGUGACAUUACCUGCAAAAUGUAGCUCACAUUUUAAAAAAUAGAAUUUUUUUAGGUAUUUGUCCAAUAAUAUUUUGUUUAUUUUUAAUUGAUAAAGCUUCCUUUUUAAACUUAAUUAGUAAUUUUAAAUCACAAUUUUAUAAUCAAAAUUCUUUAAAACAUAUUUUAAAACAAAAUUAUUGCGAUGUCAAUUGACAAGAUUUUCCUUUUUUUUUUUCUAAAUUAAUUUGCCCUUUUUUCCACCCUUUUCCUUGCCCAAUAACUUUGUUUUUAACUAAAAAAGCUACAGUUUGCAGUUUUAAUAUUUCUGCAAGAUGUAGGUUACUAACUUUGACUAAAUUACUCAAUAUUAUUAAAAACCUAUUUAUAAACCCCCAAAAAAUUGCAAUGUCCAUUGACAAGAUUUUCCUUUUAUUAAUUUUCUAAAUUAUUUUGCCAAUUUUUUUCCCCUUCGUUUUAGUCGCCCAAUAAUUGUUUUUGUUUUUAAAUUAAAAAGCUACAGUUUGCAGUUUUAAUAUUUCUGCGAGAUAAAGGUUACUAAAUUUGAAUAAAUUACUCAAAAUUCUUUAAAACAUAUUUAUAAACCAAAAAAAAUUGCAAUGUCCAUUGACAAGAUUUUCCUUUUAUUAAUUUUCUAAAUUAUUUUGCCAAUUUUUUCCCCUCCGUUUUACUCGCCCAAUAAUUGUUUUUGUUUUUAAAUUAAAAAGCUACAGUUUGCAGUUUUACUAUUUCUGCGAGAUAAAGGUUACUAAAUUUGAAUAAAUUACUCAAAAUUCUUUAAAACAUAUUUAUAAACAAAAAAAAUUGCAAUGUCCAUUGACAAGAUUUUCCUUUUAUUAAUUUUCUAAAUUAUUUUGCCAAUUUUUUUCCCCUCCGUUUUACUCGCCCAAUAAUUGUUUUUGUUUUUAAAUUAAAAAGCUACAGUUUGCAGUUUUACUAUUUCUGCGAGAUAAAGGUUACUAAAUUUGAAUAAAUUACUCAAAUUUUUUUAAAACAUAUAUUUAUAAACAAAAAAAAUUGCAAUGUCCAUUGACAAGAUUUUCCUUUUUUCUUUUUUUAUAUAUAAUUUUGCCCAUUGUUUUCACCCUUUUCCUUUUAAAAUAACAGUUUUAAUAUUUCUGCGAGAUGUAGGUUACUAAAUUUGAAUAAAUAACUCAAAAUUCUUUAAAACAUACAUUUAUAAACAAAAAAAUUGCUAUGUAUAUUGACAAGAUUGUCUUUUUUUCUAAAUUAUUUUGCCGAUUUUUUUUUUCACCCUAUUACUUGCCCAAUAAGUUUUUGUUUUUAAUUAAAAAAGCUACAGUUGCAGUUUUAAUAUUUCUGCAAGAUCUAAGUCACUAAAUUAAAAAAAAAUUACUUAAAAUGCUUUAAAACGUAUUUAAAAACAAAAUAAAUAGCCAGACUCGUGUUGAUCAGGGUGGGCCGAUUUGCUUGCAAGCAGAUUGGGAGGUGUAAGAUUUGAUCUGUUAACAUCACACAUUACAUGAUAAUCUGAGCCGAACGUCGGAAACGAUCAAGGUCCUGAUUCCGAUUUUCCUCUAUAAUUCUCUGGAGGAGAAAAUCUGUCAAUUCCGGCCAAAAAUUCUGUAGUGUGAGAGUAAAAUGUCUACAUUUGCUAAUGCUGCACGAUUACGACAAAAAAAAAACAUAA